UAUUCUCAAGAUGGCGACAGUCAGCGCGUGGAAAUUGUUGACGAGUUCUAAGGUGUGUCGAUGCGUCAAAUCCGACCUCUUCCCACGGGCUCUUCAAGGGAAAAGAAGUUAUUCUACAAAAAGCGAUGAGCCCAAGCCUGAAGAGUCUGGGUUUAAGGAGGAACCAGACAGUGACAAGACAGGAUGGCUCUCGAAGUUCCUUUCAAGGAAGAUCGAACCCACCAAGGAGUCCCACUCUAGGCUUUUGUCAGAAAAAGACAUUAUCUAUGAACUGCAGACUCACAAUGUAAAACCAAGCAAGAUGGAUCCCUACAUUCAAAAGUAUGCUGAGUAUGUGAAGGCCAUCAGUACAAGAGGGGAUGUAAAGAAGGAGCUUGUGGGGAGCUGGAUUGUUGGUGUUGGUGACUUGGAUCAGUGUCUGCACCUCUGGAAAUAUCCUGGGGGUUAUUCAUCCGUUGACGAGUCAGCAAAGACCCUUCGCUCUGAUCCUGAGUAUGUGCAGCUGAAGCGAGAAAGGACCCCUUACCUCCGUUCCCGUCGGUGCCAAUACCUCCUUCAUUUCAGCUUCUGGCCUCCAAUCACACCUAGGCAAGGGCAUAAUCUCUAUGAGAUUCGUUCAUACACCCUGCGCCCUGGGAGCAUGAUUGAAUGGGGCAACAACUGGGCACGGGGCAUCAACUUUCGCCGAUCCAAUGAGGCCCCCUUUGCUGGGUUCUUCUCUCAAGUUGGGGUGCUUUAUCAGGUCCAUCACAUUUGGUUGUAUUCAAGCUUACUGAGUCGGAAGGAGACACGGGAGGUGGCGUGGCAGCAGCCAGGCUGGGAUCGUUGUGUCUCCCACACUGUCCCACUCAUCAAGCACAUGGAAUCUCGCAUCCUCCUCCCAACCCCAUUUUCUCCAACACAGUAGAUUAAUUUUAUCUGUGCUCCUUGUGAUGAUGGUGAUGUUCCCAUAGAGUAUGGAAUGUUAUUUGAUGCCCCUUACUCAUCUUUAUUGAAUAUUUCUUGGUCUUUCA